UUCUCCUAUAUUGGCGCGACAGUAGAUUUGGAGCAAAUAAUUUCCAGAAAAAGAAAAAAAAAAAGGGAAAAGAAUAAAACGUACGAGCAAGAUUUCGGACUUCUUAUUUUUGUACUUUUUGUUUUUUUUUUUAUAAAUAUUUUCCAAGUUUGGGUCGGUUUUCGGAAUUUCCUUGAAUUUGUUUUAGCACUCAAAAGGAGAAACGAAUCAACGAUUCGGUAUCUGAAAAAUGUCGGCGACGGCGCAAGUCGUCGGGAAUCUGACGGCGCACGAUCGGCGGGUCCUGACGGCUGUCAACGCCGGAGCAGCGAGCCUAUCGUUCGUCGGUUCGAGCUUCAUAGUCCUCUGCUAUGUCCUCUUCAAAGAGCUCCGCAAGUUCUCCUUCAAGCUCGUCUUCUAUCUUGCCCUCUCCGAUAUGAUGUGCAGCUUCUUCAGCAUGGUUGGGGAUCCAUCAAAAGGGUUCUUUUGUUAUGCUCAGGGUUAUACCACUCAUUUCUUCUGUGUGGCAUCUUUCCUAUGGACUACAACCAUAGCCUUUACUCUUCACCGUACUGUCGUUAGGCACAAAACCGAUGUUGAAGAUUUGGAGGCCAUGUUUCACUUGUAUGUUUGGGGGACUUCACUAGUUGUGACUGUCAUACGCUCUUUUGGGAAUAACCAUGCGCACUUAGGCACAUGGUGUUGGGCACAAACAAGCACUGGAAAGGUGGUCCAUUUCAUAACAUUUUAUAUACCACUCUGGGGUGCAAUUCUUUACAAUGGGUUUACGUAUUUUCAAGUGAUACGAAUGUUGAACAAUGCAACUCGGAUGGCUGUGGGAAUGUCGGACCGACCAUAUCAAUCAGAUGCAAGAGCAGACAUGAAGGCUCUUAAUCGAUGGGGAUACUAUCCACUUAUUCUGAUCGGAUCAUGGGCUUUUGGCACAAUUAACCGCAUUCAUGACUUUAUUGAACCUGGUCAUAAAAUCUUCUGGCUUUCAGUUCUUGAUGUUGGGACAGCCUCGCUCAUGGGUCUAUUUAACUCAAUUGCCUAUGGCCUGAACUCUUCGGUGCGACGAGCAAUUUAUGAAAGAUUGGACCUGUUCUGGCCAGAUAGACUCCGAAGGUGGUUACCUUACAGUUCAAAGUUCAAAAACCAAGCGCAAGAGAGUGAAUUACUUUCACUGAAAAUUCAAGAUCAGCAAUAGCAAAUCGGACGUUAUCAACGAGCCCUAUUCUCUUGCCAAACGAGAUUCAACAUUUUUCCGCUCACAGGGGAUGCAAUUUAAGAAAUAGAUGGACUUGAUUGUCCUUGCCAGACCUGUCGGAUUCAUUUCUUUGCAGAAAAUGCUAACGCGACGCAUCUUUUAUUACCCGCUUCCCUUGUCAAUGCUGCUUAAAAGAUGCUGAUGGAUUUGUGAUUUUGGAUUGGCCAAGGACUCAAGUAAUCUUCACUGUACUGUAACUCACAUGUAGAAAGUGCUUGUGAUCUUCCA